UUUUUAUUAUAUAUUCUACAAAUAUCAUUUUUACCCUUUGUAUCACUCUCCAAUCUUUCCUUUUUUUUUCCCCCUUUAAAAAACAACUCAUUUUAACAAUGUCUGCCAUGUCGGCAUUGCAACAAGAAUCCUCGAGAUCAAGACCUAUGAACGUAUCUGAGAUGAUUCAUCGCUUAAAAACGCGUUUAGCUUUAGCCACCUUCAAACAACAACAUGGCUAUGAAGCCUAUGAUUUGCAAACACUAGAGUACACCUUAUUUCCAAUCACAACACUAGCUGCCUUGCAGACCCACUCACCCAUUGUGAAAAAAAAGUCGCUGUUGAUGAAUAGCAGUCGUAAGAAGACCCCCUCCUCCUCCUCCUCCUCCUCCUCCUCCUUACUGUGUCGACAUCGGUAUUAUCCAACUUCAUCUUCUUAUCUUCCAGAUGCAACGACUUCUCCUACCUCUAGUUCUCUACGGCCAUACGCGUCUCGUCCCAGCCAGAAUUUCAAGUCCAAGUUGAAUUUACCAUUAUACAACAGCACAAAGAAUUCGAGCCAUCCAAAUCAUCAUUUACUAUUAACUACACCAAAAUAUCCUAUAUCGGAGAAGCGCAGCACAUCACCAAGACAACCUUGUUAUACCUCACCCAUCCUUCUUUCGUCGACGUCGUUACAUUCAUCCAUGUCUCCUUUGUCUACAUUCACACCGACGGAUGAAGAUUUAGCAGCUAAUGUUCUUGUGAUGUUACAUAAUGACACAAGUAAUAAUCAAAGGACCAUCCCUUCUGCUACCACGAAAGGAAGUACAACAACAACAACAGCAGCAGCAGCAGCAGCUCUUUGUUAAGCUUUAUUAGAGUUUGAUCUCAUGCUCCAGUAACAGGAUACACACUUUCUUUCAACACAUUUUGACUCUAUUAUUCCAGAUUUAUCAUUCAUUUUAAACCCUUUCGUUUCCCUUUACUUUCUUUUUUCUAUUUAUUUAUUUAUUUCACGAUAUCCAACUUUUUUUUUUUUUUUUUUUUUUU